GUGACGUAGUGUUUUCCUGGGUAUUUUUAAUAACAUAUCAAAUAGACACACAUAUCCAGACAUUAUCCGAUUAAUUCCAGUGUUUUCCAUUUAAACAAAGUAUUAGUACUUCAUAGCACCAACCAAUGGACAUGAGCAGUUGAUGCAUGUGGCCGUAUGGGCAGCCUACCAGAUCUGACGGAGCGUUCGCGGUCGAGCGUCCGCCCAGCCGCAAGGACAAUAUCAGACCCCAAUCGACAUAGAACUGUUGUACCACAGAUUCCUGUCAGCACAAUUUACAAUAAGGAAUGGCCAUGGCGGAAAACAAAGGCCCCUAUCAAGUUACCACCUGUGCCUGUAAAUCGACGACGGGAGUCGGUUGCAUCGUCCCUCGGUGCCGCCUCAGUCCGGCGCCUUAUAACGCGACAGCCACAAAAACUCCCCAAACCUGUUAUUACACGGUUCACUCUUCUCUGUAUAGCAAGUGGCCUCGCCUCCACAGCACUCCUCCCUUUCACGGCAUACGCAGGUGCCGAAGCUGGAGCCAUGCCUUUAGCCAUAAUGCACGCCAUCGCGGCUAUUGCAUCACCUUUUUCUCCCAUCAUCCUACAAAAGACAGGAACAAGAAUGGUCAUUAAUUUAAGCUACGUUUUGAUUUGCGUUCUCUUAGCCGCUCAUACUAUUGAUACUCCUCUGUCAAUUCUUCUCUUUCUCUACAGUAUUUGUGGGGUUAUGCUCUCUCCAAUGGAACUGGCCCUGGCUGCGUCUGCAACGUCUUUUUCACAAGCAGCUGGCGAUGAAUGUAGGAGGAAAAUAGCGCUGAGACGAGCAUUAAGAGCUCUUCGGGCUUCACAUGACUUAGGGCUCGUGUUGGGUUCGCUUAUGUUAGGAGGAGCAUUAUUAAUCUGGCCAGAAGAUUUAUUACCAUUACUGCAGCCAAAUUCAAUACAUAAUUAUACAACGCCAAGUUGGCCGCCAUCUGAGGAUGAUUUAGUUGAAGAAGAUUUUGAGGAAAUGACAUGUGGAGCUUCCGGUUGUCCAGACAUCCAGUCGCUGUUAGGCACGGCUCUUAGUGCAGAUGGUCGCCGGGUUUUGGUAGCUGUUUGGGCAGUUAUGGCGUUAGUUGCCUCAAUUUUGGCGCUCUAUGGAGCAGCUGCGACGCCUUCACCACCUCCAGAUGCUCGUUCUGUGCUUAAAGAUGCCAGGGGACUUCUAGGCGUUCCCAUGGGACUAUUUAUUGGAUUGCAACAGGGUUUUAUAUACACUUCAUAUAUUAAGUGGUACGGCGUAUGUGUAGGAGGCUGGAACGAGGCAUGGCGUGCACUUUGCGGCGCUGGAGCGCUACAAGCGUUAGCCGCUGCUACUCUCAGUAUGGCAGCGGCUCGAGGAAGACGUGGCUAUUUAGGUGCUGGAGGUGCUGCUGCCCAUGCUUCAUUGUUGCUAGCGUUACUACGCUGGAGGGCUGCUAAAACUGAUCUAGCUUUACCCACAGUUGCAGCCGCUGCAUGGGGCGCUUGUUCCGCUUUGUGGGAUGUGUUACAGGGUGGAAUAUCUGUCGGAGGUCCUGGGUGGCGUGGGCCUUGGUCCCUUACACUCAGCGCACGACAUGCAGGCCUGGCUCUAGCCUGCGCAGCGCGACAAGUUCUCUGUGUGAGGACACAGCUCGCUGUUCUAGCGCUUGCCCUUUUCACCGCCUUGUCGUCCCAUGCUAUACUGGAACUGCGGCUUAGGAGGGAAAUCCGUCAUCGCUCCUAGCGACGGUAUGGCCAAGCCAGAGAGAACAAUGCAUUCCAUGUUGUGGCUUGACAGUGACAAGUUUUGAUGUUUGGUGUAAACUAACAGUGUUAAGUGUUAUAGUCUCCCAUUUACUUGGCAUUGACAGAAUAUUUUCUACCUGAAUAGCAACUUAAAGAAGAGUAUGUCCUAUUUGAUCAAGAAAAAAUGGCAAUGUUAUCUUCUUUAAUUCAGAUAGUUUGUAAGUUAUGUCUUCACUGAUUUCAUAAUAAGAAUCGCAGAAAUGGUCGAAGUUUUUUUUACUUAGAUUUUUUUUGUAACUGUAAUGACGUUCCAAUGUUUUACCUAAAUUAAUAAAAUACAAGAUCUCUAGAAUAAUAAAAUAAAAUACUCAGCCGUUAAGAGAACUAAAUCGAACUUGGAUAGAAACAUGUCGGAAUCGAUAUUGCUAUGGUUACUGGAUGUCACAGAGUACGCCAACCAUUACUUCUAUUCUGUGAUAGAAACUUCGAACAUUUCGGCCUUUGCUAAGCCUUUUAAUCUACUAAUUGCUAAGUGUAAAGGCACCACUAGUUUUUCUUAUGUCAGCAUUUGUUUGUCCCGGGAACAAAGUCCUAAAGAAUAAUAUAUUGUUAAGAAAAACUUACUUAGUAUCCUAAUAAUAAU